AAGGCCAUCACUGCCAUGCAGCGGUUCGGGGGGCUGGAGGCGACGGGGGUCUUGGACGAAGCCACUCUGGAGCUGAUGAAGACCCCUCGCUGCUCUCUGCCUGACCUGGCCACCACAGAGGCCAGGAGAAAGCGAUUCGUGCAGGCUGUCACCAAAUGGAGCAAAAGGAACUUGUCUUGGAGAGUUCGUACCUUCCCCAAAGAGUCCCACCUGGGCCACGACACCGUCCGAGCCCUGAUGUACUACGCCCUGAAGGUCUGGAGCGACAUCACCCCGCUGAAUUUCCAUGAAGUGGCAGGUAACAACGCUGACAUCCAGAUAGACUUCUCCAAGGCAGAUCACAACGAUGGCUAUCCCUUUGAUGGGCCUGGUGGGACAGUGGCACACGCUUUCUUCCCCGGAGACCAUCACACAGCAGGAGACACUCAUUUUGAUGACGACGAGUAUUGGACCUUCCGAUCAUCAGAUGCCCAUGGGAUGGACCUAUUUGCUGUAGCUGUCCAUGAGUUUGGCCAUGCCAUUGGCCUGACCCACAUCUCUGCCAUAGAGUCUAUCAUGAGACCUUACUACCAAGGUCCAGUAGGGGAUCCUCUGAAGUAUGACCUCCCUUAUGAGGACAAAGUCCGAAUCUGGCAACUCUACGGGGUCAGGGAAUCUGUGUCCCCCACAGCCAAGCCUGAAGGAAGCAAAACUGAUGACCAUCCCAUCCUGCCAGAGCUGCCAGAGAACCGCUCCACUGUCCCGCUCAGGCGGGAUGUGCCCAACAGAUGCAACACUCACUUUGAUGCAGUGGCUCAGAUCAGGGGAGAGGCUUUCUUCUUCAAAGGCAAGUACUUCUGGAGACUGACUCGCAAUAAGCACUUGGUCUCCCUCCAGCCGGCUCAGAUCCACCGUUUCUGGAGGGGUUUGCCACUCAACCUGGACAGCCUGGAUGCCGUCUACGAGAGAACCAGCGACCACAAGAUCGUCUUCUUCAAAGGAGACAGAUAUUGGGUCUUCAAAGACAACAACGUGGAGGAAGGAUACCCUCGGCCCAUCUCAGACUUUGGUCUGCCACUGGGAGGAAUUGAUGCUGCUUUCUCCUGGGCCCACAAUGACAAGACUUAUUUCUUUAAGGACAAUCUCUACUGGUGCUACGAUGACCACGAGAGGAGGAUGGAUCCUGGGUACCCUUCAGAGACCAUCCUGUGGAAGGGGAUACCAAGCCCUUUAGAUGAUGCCAUGAGGUGGUCAGAUGGUGCGAGUUACUUCUUCAGGGGCAAAGAAUACUGGAAAGUGCUGGACAGUGAGCUGGAGGCCCAGCCUGGUUACCCACAGUCCAUCGCCAGGGACUGGCUGGUGUGCAGCGACAUGCAGGCUGACGCACCGCAGGCAGCCGGCAGCAGCAGGACUGGGGCUCGCUCCAAACCAGGGCAGCACGACGAGAGCCGCGCCGAGAACGGCUACGAGGUGUGUUCCUGCACCUCGGCCUCGCCGGCACGGCCAGCACCAGGGCUGCCAGCCAGCCUCGUGCUGCUGACUGUGGGGACAGCAGUGCUGCUCUCUGCAGCCCUAUGA